AUGCCUCGACACCGCGCCUCCGCAGAGGACUCCGACUCUGAGCGUCGAGGGCCCUUCACUCGACGCGGACGAGAGAUUCGCGAAGGCCUCAUGACAAAGAACAUUGACAGACAGGUGCUCAGGGCUCUCGACCGCACCUUUUGCAUCGGCUUCCAAUGCUUCACCCUCUACGACGCUAUCGACAGCCCUGACUUCAAUGCCGCGAACGGAGUCCCGGGUUACACGAUCGUGGAGACGGCCGAGGCGUCCGCAAGGGAGCGGAAUCUGUCUCUGCGCCAGAAGAGGGCCCUCUUCACGCUCAUGGGCUGGUGGUUUGAGUGCAUCAGCUGCAGGAGGUACAAGUCGGCCAUGGACUUUGAGGGCACGGCCACUCAGAAGCAAAUUGUUUCGCAUCCCGAGUACGCACCAUGCCAUGAAAGGAUGGCAGAGAGAAGAGAAUGA